GUCAGUUCCAGAGGGACCUAGAGGAAGCUCUGGAAGUAAGUAAAAAAGAUGCUUGGCAGGCCAAACAAAUGCAGAGUCAAAAUUGGCAGACAUCAAGAUUCCCUGGGAUGAGAUAGCCCCUCGAAAUAUCCAAGACUGGCUAGAUAUAUUCGCCAAGAGCCAUGGCACAACGCGUGAUUUGCUCCUCACAGGAAUGUUACCGUGUACCUGAACACUAAUAGGGGACACCACUGUAAAACUUUUCGAUCCUUGGAAAGAAAAUGGUAAUUUGUUUUUUGUUGGUCUUGCCCCGUCUGGAGCGGGCAAAACUCCAGCCUGUAACAUCGCCUGUGUCAAUCCACUUAUUUCACACUUGGAGCCACGCGUCCAGCGAAGCAUUUUGGUUGACGAGACUUCUUCGAAUGGCCUUUUCAACCAUUUUGUCAACUUUCAGACAGGGGCCAACAGAGCCCAUGUACCCCUUCUUUGCAUCGACGAAGGCUACACUUUCAUGCAAAAAGUGAUCAGUACAUCUAAGUCUGUCUCGCAAACCUCACUUACUAUGGAGCGUAUCUGCAAACUCUACGACGGUGACUAUUGGUACACAGUUAAGGGAAAUGGAAAACGUGUAGGAGUACAACGUGCUAGAAUGAACAUGUCAAUCUUCACGACGCCACGGCGAUUUCUGACCAAAAUCUGGCCCAAGGUCGUUUCCUGUAAAAAUGGCCUCGCUGACAGGAUCCUCGUCCUGUGCCAAGAACGCGUGCGGAGGGAGAUCGAAGAAAUAGAAAUGUUUUCAACACAGCUUGUGGAAGAAAGUGCGGUGAAGAGGCUCGGAACAGUGUACGAACAAAUAUAUGUCGAACACCACCAAGAGAACGCUAUUGAAUACACUUUAAGUGCUGGAGCAAGAGAGCUAUUCUAUAAGUACUGCAAGGGGAAAAACCAAGAAGCCUCGCAAUCGGCUGGAAUUUUCAGUCCUGAAUGCAACGCAAAGUCCAACAAGAACGCUAUCAGGUUAGCGCUCAACAUGCAUAUCUUGUGGCACCGUUUGGACAUUGCCCUGCAGCAACUGACAGCUCCUACGCCUGGAGUGAUAAGUGAAACAACCAUGGGUUACGCACUCACGUUACAUGAUACACUUCUUUCCUUCAGUGGGGUUGCGGAAGCGUGUUUGCAGGUCAAGCAAGGCAGCACAUCAGUACGAAUGUCAGUAACAGAUGAGGAUGUAAAGCAGAGAAUUUUGAUGUUGCCCGGCCCUUACUGCAGUUCAAAGAGAGUUUACAACAGCUUUUCAUCUAGCUCACACCCAACACUGAAGAAAACUGAAGAAUGUAUGAGGGACCUAGAGAUGGCAGCUCUUGGUCAGGUGAAUAAACUUGGGAAGGCAACAGUCUUCUACAAGACUCUUCCAAGCACCCUUAUCCAUUCAGAACACCAUCUAGGGAACCUGAAUAUGUCUUUGGAGCAAUACAAGGAGAAAUUUCUUAAGGAUGAUGACCUCCUAACAUCAUCCCAGAAAGAGGCAAUGCUAGAGAACCAUCCAAAGCUUCAAGAGUUAAGAGGAUAUUUUACAUCACAAAAUGUAGAACUAUAGACUGUCCAUGUUUUUAAAUUCCAUAUAAUAUAGAUAAUAUACCUCCCCAUAUGGAAGGUGUUUUUCAAGACCACCCUUCCCCUGUCUAUUUUUGGUCUCCAAGAGCCCACCCCCUCCCCAGGAGAUUCCAAUGCCUUCUGUGUGGGAAGCCGAGGUAUAGAGAUUUCUUGAAGUACUGGUACACAUUAGCAGAUUACUGCAGUCAAAAGUAGCAAUUCCCAAAAAAGUCAAAGAGCAAUGUCAAUAUUGUCUUUAUAGACUAUUUGCUGCCAGACAUUAUAACUCAGACUUUCUAACAUGGUCAAACAUUGUCUCUUUAGAAACAGUUACUGUACCACCGUCACCAGUUGUUAAAAUACUAUUGUGCUGGAGAAAAUGAAACAGAAUAUGUACUCUUAUUUUGCACACAUACAUUGUUAAGUUUUUCAAGUUUAUUUACCAGUUAAGCGAACCAAGAGUAAAGAAGCAACCCUGAAACUUAAAUUCUGUUAUAUUUAACAUUACCUGAUCAUAUUUCUACAUAUUUAUUUAUUUUCAUUUAUAUUGACAUGAAUCAGGAACAAGAUGAAAGUCAUGACUACAAAGUAGAAUAAUUACCAGUACUUUGUAGAAGCAGUAUCCUGAGUUAUGCUACAGUAAUAAACUGUUCCAGGUACUGUUAAAAUCCCCCAAAAGGGGCUGAAUAUAAAUUUUACUUAUUCACACAAACACAAUUUCUUAAAGUUAAUAAUAAAAUUAAUAAUCAAACUUUUUUAUAAUAUAGCUAAUAAUAAGAUAAAACAUGAACAUGGUAUAAUGCAUUAUAGCAAAUUUAGUAGACUAUUGUUACUGUUGCUGUUUCAGGUUCUGCAAAAACCCAUAACAAAACCAAUAUUUAGAUAUAUUUGUUAUUUCUAAAAACAUAUUUCUUAUAAUAAAAUGUAAAUUAGCUAAAAUGAAACAGUGAAAUGGUAUUUAUCAUUGCAAAAUGCAGUUAUUUGGUUUGAAUAAAAGUGUCAUUCUGUGUUAUGCUAGACUUGCGAACUGUUCCAGGUACAUUAGAAAUAGAAGGAUGGAGUGUUCCCUGUACUCAGGUAACUAAUGUAUCACAUGAAGAGAAGUAACAAAACUCAAAUGUCUAAUAGGAGAUUUACUAUCCAACCUUCUUUUUCCCCAAAAAUAUAACUUUCCAAUGUGUUUAGUCUUUUGCACAGUCUGGGAAGUAGUGUAGUAUUUGUACUUGUUUUGCGCAUUAUUCCUACUACAGGAGGCAAAGUUUGAUAAUAAACAGGACUAUUGAUUGCACAUGAAGUAGGAUGAUGGCAGGAAUAAUGCACAUUUUGAUUACAAUAUAAAAAAAAUUCAUUAAUGCGCUUUAGCAGGGUGCAAAGAAAUUGCAAUUUUGCAGCUUUCCCUUUACUGAAAUCCUUUUCAAUGUCUAAAUAUUUAACUUCCAGUAAAAACUAACCUGAAAACCAUUACUUGCUUGUCGGGCUAGUGGGAGGCCCAGAUCCACUAGCCUUGGGCUAUCUGAUUGGCAGUUCUUUGCACACUAAUUGUUCUAGCAGCAUUUUAAAUAAACAACAACAAAACCACAUCUGUUGAACCUUACUCAAGCAACUGUCAAUCUAAUAAAUAUUAUAACCGACUUAAGGUGAUAUUAAGUGAUCUCUGCCAAUCUAGAACCAAUUAAGCCUCACCUGCUCCCUUAACAAAGUCUUAAAAACUUUAUUAUCACUGAGAAAAGAGAUUACCUUUCUCGUUAUCUGCUCAUGACUUUUGGGAUGAAUACUAUUCUUAUCAACUUACUGUAAAUACUGUGAUGCAAUGGCACCAAUGUCAAUGUCACUUCCACCUUUAGUUAGGUUCACUGGAUUACGUGGAUAAGCACUAGUUCUUCUAGGAAUGUCCAUUUGCUGACAUUGUCCUCGGAAUGGGGUCGCUUGAGUAAAAACUGCUUUCCAGACAUGCCCUCGGUCGUUAAUUCAUGGGAUCGUCGUUUCCUUGAGCCCACCUGCGUGGGAGAGCUCCUUUCCUCUUUCUUGGAUUUUUUUUCCAUGUGGGUUUUCACAUCCUAUGCAUUGACACCUGUCACUACAACCACGAACACUUUGAAAGCACUUACAUCGCUUUUUAAAGCUAUCACAUGAGGUUAUAUUGGACUGUUUCUUUCUGGCGCCUUGCCCACAAUGACAACAUUCAAUGCUGGGUGUAUCUUUGUUGUCACAGGAUGACAGUUUUUUCAUGCAGUCUGAUGGUAUCUGGCAGCCUGUGAUGUGGGCAAGAGCAUCAUAGUGCCCUGCACCUGAAUGGUCAAAAGCAAUGAAAAUUGGCAGACAGUAAAUAGUUUCCCAUGGAGUAAUUGGUAUCACUGGUAGACUUUCCAUUUGAGAUAUCAUAACAAGUGGAAGCUUCAGCAAAUUUGCCAUGGCAAGAGGCAUAGAAUUGCCUAGAUCAGAUGCAAAGUGUCCAUCAGCAAGAAAUAACAGAGCCUCGUGAUUGACUGUUUGUUCGGUUCCAAUAAAUGGUUGGUACUCCUCUGGAUGCGACAUCCACUCAUGUACAGUUAGCUCUCGUAGUCUGGAACUCAUUCCAUUUUUGUCAUUACAAGUCAUUAGUCCAAGAAAGUCAAGAUGACUGGCUAAAUCACUUGAUACUGGCACAUUUGGAAUAAUGCUGUUCAUAAUUGAAUGUGCAACAGACAGGAAGAAACAGUUUCCAUUCGGUGGCACACUGACACGGACCAUGUUGUGGUUUGAUAUAACAUUAUCGAGAGUAGAAGGUUCUUUACUGCUUACUAAGCCAGAGUGGAAGAGGGUCAGGCUACUUUUUGUGAAGAACAUAAAAUUUGGA